GUUAUAGGCAUAGCUACCACCAUUCUUCUUCCUUACGUACUUCUUCACCAAGAACAAGCAAACCAUACUAAGAAUAGAAGCACCCCAUUGUUUUUCGAUUCACUCCUUUUCCUAUGGGAGAUUAUAUGUUAAUGCCGUGAAGAUUUCGUAUUUAAUCUGAUCCUCAGGUGUUAUAGGUCUCUGAGACAAUGGAUUUCUGGGCAACUUCCGAAGGACAAUUUGUUAUUGCCGCCGCUGUCGGUAUUAUUGUUGUGGGUGCUUCGUAUUACUUGUUUUCCUCCAAGAAAUCUAAAGUGUGCUUGGACCCUGAUAACUUCAAGGAGUUCAAGCUUGUCAAGAAAACACAACUGAGUCACAAUGUUGCUAAGUUCAAAUUUGCUCUUCCUACACCCAUUUCUGUAUUGGGCCUUCCUAUAGGACAACAUAUGAGCUGCAGGGGUAAGGAUAGUCAAGGUGAAGAUGUUGUAAAACCUUACACGCCAACUACUUUGGAUUCUGAUGUUGGAUAUUUUGAGUUAGUUAUAAAGAUGUAUCCAACAGGAAGAAUGUCCCAUCAUUUUAGAGAAAUGCGUGAAGGUGAUUUUCUGGCUGUGAAAGGACCGAAGGGCCGCUUUAAAUAUCAGCCUGGACAGGUGAGAGCAUUUGGAAUGAUUGCAGGAGGUUCAGGAAUUACGCCAAUGUUUCAGGUUACAAGAGCAAUUCUUGAAAAUCCCAAUGACCCAACAAAAGUUCACCUGAUAUAUGCUAAUGUUACGUUUGACGACAUUUUGUUAAAGGAUGAAUUGGAUAGUCUUGCAAGGAACUACUCUGACAGGUUCAAAAUAUACUAUGUUCUCAACCAGCCUCCUAGUGAAACAUGGAACGGUGGCAUUGGUUUUGUCACGAAAGAGAUGAUUCAGGCUUACUGUCCUGCUCCAGCUUCUGAUAUUCAGAUUUUGAGGUGCGNAUCAGAUCUCUCUCAAGAACUCUAUUUUAGACAAAAACAGAUGUGUUUUUAUUAUCUGCAGCAAUGCACUACCAUCUGCAAUCAUAUUUUCAAUAAUAUUUUCCAUUUCGUCGCAUUCAUUAUUUUUUGAUUGGUUU